ACUGCUCUGGUGAUGUCAGGAACUAAAGUCUUCUCAAGCACAUCUCGACUCGCCAGGAUCUUGCUAUCGAGGACUUUGAAGACAGUUUGUCCAGCUGAAAGGCAUUUCGCCUCCCUGCUGCUCCCAAAUGACCCAUGUCAGAUGUACUUCAGCCCAAAGCCCAACAGUGAAAUCUCUGAGCGCUGUAACUGAGAACUCCUCUCAAGUCUGAGGUGUCUAGAUGGAUUAUAUCUUUGCUGGAGGCUUCACCACUGUGUCGAUUUCAGAGAUGUAUGGGAUCAUAGGUGUGUAGAAGACCUUUAUUAAUAAGCACUGCAAGCUACAAGCAGCUGUAGUCACUGGUGCUUUUCGCCAUGUCAUCGUUUCAACUUGCAUCUCCUCUAUGGAUUAAUACAGCUGCUGUUGUCCCCUGCAGUUGCACCGACUGCCCUUCUCUUGGAUUUAGUUCGAAGAAGGUUCAAAUCAAUCCUAUGAACUGACAAGCAAUGUUUUCUUUUCACCAAAAAGUUCAUUUGAUAGUUUUUCCAUUCUGCUGCUAUUUGCAUUCUGUCUUUCACCCAACGCUAUGAAAUGCUGACACAGACUUGAAAGCUUCUCCGUUUUUAGGAGCCGACUAUCAAAGAGCUCUGUGUGAACUGGCUCUUCAGCGUUGGAGCCUCACCUUUGAUCUCUGAUCUUUAAACCUGCCAUGAACUUCACUCUUAAUGCCACCGUCACUCCCCAGCAGGGCCUCAGCCUGAGCCCAGGGGCUGGAGAUGGAGAGUCCCAGGGGAGUGGUAGUGGUGCUGGAGGCAGUGGAGGCCUGUGGGUGACGUCCCUGCUCGGUGCCACGCUCGCCAUCAUGUGUGCCAUGGGUGUGGCAGGCAACACGUACACACUCAUCAUUACACGCUCAGCUGCUCUGUGGCGGACAGGUUCUAUGUAUGUCUACAUCGUUAAUCUGGCUCUGGCUGACCUGCUCUACCUCUCCACCAUCCCCUUCGUUGUCUGCACCUACUUCGCCCACGACUGGCUGUUCGGUGAAGCCGGCUGUCGCAUCCUGCUGAGUCUCGACCUCCUCACGAUGCAUGCAAGUGUCUUCAUUUUGGUCACUAUGAGCCUGGAACGCUACCGUGCCGUUGCCAGGCCCUUCAGCGCUCACAGGUCCUCAUCCCGCAACCGAAGGCUCGCAGCAGGGAUUAUUUGGGGGCUAGCUUUCGUGCUGACGCUUCCCAUGAUGGUGAUGAUCCGACUCAGGGAGGGCAAACCCAGCGUGACUGGUUUGGUUAAGAGAAUCUGCUUCCCUACUUGGACCCCGGAGGCCUUCAAGGCUUAUAUCACUGUACUGUUUUUCACAAGUGUUUUAGUGCCCGGAUUGGUAAUCGUUGGGUUGUACGCAGGACUAGCCAAGCGCUACUGGGCAGCGCAGGCUAGUUUAGGAGGUAGCAGCCGCUCUGCUCGGAGGAGAGGACUCAAGCAAAAAGUUGUAUCAAUGAUCUUUAGCAUUGUAGUCGCUUAUUGGGCAUGUUUCUUACCUUUUUGGGGAUGGCAGCUGGCCAAACUCUUCUCUCCAGAGUCCCUCAAAGCUUUGUCUCCAGCUGCUCAUAAUUACGUCAAUUUCUUUGUAACAUGUCUGACCUAUGGGAACAGCUGCAUCAAUCCGUUUCUUUACACUCUACUGACCCGGAACUAUAAAGAUUACUUGGCCCAGAAAGGUCAGUCUGUUGGGUCAAGCAGGGCUGAUCCUGGGUCAGUUGUGUCGACUCCUCUGCAGACCCUUUAACGGAUGAGCAUCGUGUGGUUGCAAAAUGUCGUUGACUUAUCAGCCUAAGAAAAAACAUUUGGUGCAACUUGCUGCCUUAGCACAUAUGUUGUUCAAAAUGUAUUUGUUGUUUUGUAACACAGAACCAGCUAAAACCAGUUAAAUUAACUUGAGCAAACAUGUUUAAUUAACUUACCGUGUAAAGUUAAAACAACAUCUGCUCAAAUGAGCAAACAACUGUUCUUUCCAUUUACCAGCUGUGGUUGUUUUGUACCAGAGCACGUGUGCGACAACGUUAAGUUCUCACUGUGACUUGGGUUAAUUGAAAGUGUGUUGAGGGACGGAAUGAAUUUAAUAUAAGCCUUCAUUGCAUUCAGCAUUGUUGUCAUUAUUAUGAGAAGAAAAAAGCAGAACAUAAUUUAACAUGUACUGAAGACACACAGCAGGUUUCAAUCAUUAAUAUUUUCGUCAAACAACAAAACAGCGGGGUCUCUGCAGAGUUGUAACUCAUAAAGCAUGCUGGGAAGUCUGCUAAUGAGUUCUUUAGAAACUGAAUUAAAUAAGCAGAAGGAACAUUCAACAUUUCAUGCUUUGAGCUCGUUACAUCAAGGCAGAGGAAUUCAUGUUUGUAAGAGGACUGAAAAUGAAAAGUUGACUCGUCUUGAACUUACUGAAAUAAAUCUUUAAGUUAAUGAGAAAUGGAAAUUAGUUGUUUCCUAAAAAUUAUUGCAUUAUAUUUCACAAUGUAUAGCAGUUUUGUACAGAACUGAAAAUGUCAUAUUUGUGGAGAAACUUGUGAUCUGCAGCACUCUCUUCAAAUUUUGCAAAGGCUGCAAACAUAUGUGGUGUGAUAUUGAGAAGAGAAACCAGAGCUGUGAAGGACUGAAGCUCAGCUCAGCGGUUGGAUGUUUUCUAACAUUAAAGUCCGACUGCAGGUCUCCAGUUGGAGGGCAAACAACACGAAUGACACGGUGAUUUGUGUUCUCUGUUAUAAUCUAACGCUUAUCUUGAUGUGUACAAGUUGUUCCUGAUACCAUCAUUCUGACAAAUCAGCUACUAAUAUAUGUGGUCAAAUGUGAAUUACUUUUCAAUUAAAGAGUUUAAGCCAGCAUUGAAAAGUUACAACAUGGAUUUGUUUUUCAAAAAGGUAGAAAAUAUAUUGAUUGCACUAAUUCAUAAUGGCAAUACUUCGUUGUAAACAAAAAAUCUAAUAGAUCGACAAUGGAAUCAAAUGUAGCUAACCGGAUUAGUUUUUCUUUUAUUGUACGUUUUUUUUCCAUCUACCUCACACACACAUAAAGGACAUUUCAGCUCCUCUCAGGGAAUGUGGUUGCAUCGUGCUACAUUCCACAGCAUUGGGACACAGAUCUUUUGAGUCUUCCUGCAAAUUGUCUCUGUCAGAUGAGGAGGUGCUUCGUCUCACC